AGCAAAGAGGACACCACACACAUCAAUAGCAAAGAGGACACCACACACAUCAAUAGCAAAGAGGACACCACACACAUCAAUAGCAAAGAGGACACCACACACAUCAAUAGCAAAGAGGACACCACACACAUCAAUAGCAAAGAGGACACCACACACAUCAAUAGCAAAGAGGACACCACACACAUCAAUAGCAAAGAGGACACCACACACAUCAAUAGCAAAGAGGACACCACACACAUCAAUAGCAAAGAGGACACCACACACAUCCAUAGCAAAGAGGACACCACAGACAUCCAUAGCAAAGAGGACACCACACACAUCCAUAGCAAAGAGGACACCACACACAUCCAUAGCAAAGAGGACACCACACACAUCCAUAGCAAAGAGGACACCACAGACAUCCAUAGCAAUGAGGACACCACACACAUCAAUAGCAAUGAGGACACCACACACAUCAAUAGCAAUGAGGACACCACACACCUCAAUAGCAAUGAGGACACCACACACCUCAAUAGCAAUGAGGACACCACACACCUCAAUAGCAAUGAGGACACCACACACCUCAAUAGCAAUGAGGACACCACACAC